ACAGCAAGGUUGCAACUUUGCCUUUCCUCAUCUUCUUAAAAAUAACGCUUCACCUUUCAAUCAUUUCGUCUGCGAAAAUAGAGUCGAUCGGAGAGAGAAUCUGUCGAAAUUGCCUAUGGCGAACUCAUCGUCCUCCUCCGCUGGAUCAAUGAAAGCAAAAUGGGGAGUGUCCUCAUCCGAUAUUUUUUAUCAUUUCAGCUCGAGUGGAAUGUCUGUUGCUACUGCAACCGGAAUUACACAUCCUUUAGAUGUUCUGAAGGUCAGGCUGCAAAUGCAGCUAGUUGGCCAAAAGGGCCCGUUGACUGGCAUGGGAAAACUUUCUAUGCAAGUAGUCAAAAGUGAAGGACUCAGGGCCUUGUAUUUGGGAUUGACACCUGCAUUAAUGAGGUCAGUUCUUUAUGGGGGUCUCCGUUUAGGCUUAUACGAACCUUCAAAAUAUGUGUGUGAAUUGGCUUUUGAGUCACGCAAUGUAUUGAUGAAGAUUGCAUCUGGAGCAUUCUCUGGCGCUGUUGCAACAGCACUUACUAAUCCUGUGGAAGUGCUGAAGGUGCGGUUGCAGAUGAGAAGAACAAGCACCCGCGGGCCUAUCCAAGAACUGCAAAAAAUUGCUUCAGAAGAGGGCAUUGCGGCCCUAUGGAAGGGGGUUGGCCCUGCAAUGACCAGAGCUGCUGCAUUGACUGCAUCACAGCUGGCAACAUAUGAUGAAUCCAAGCAGAUGUUGAUGAACUGGACUUCUCUUCAGGAAGGAUUUUAUCUGCAUCUUAUUGCGAGUACUAUAGCUGGAACUGUGAGUACCAUUAUGACUGCGCCGGUUGAUAUGGUUAAAACAAGACUUAUGCUGCAACAACAAUCUCAAAGAGUUGGAAGCUACAAAAAUGGCUUCCACUGUGCCUAUCAGGUUCUGCAAACAGAAGGUCCUCGUGGUCUUUACAAAGGGGGGUUCGCGAUGUUUGCAAGAUUGGGUCCACAAACAACUAUUACCUUCAUAGUCUGUGAGCAGCUGCGUGGACUUGCAGGACUCGAGGCACUCUGACUCGCUUAUAGUUAUACACAUGAUUCAAGAACUGAAGAUGGAUCUACAUUUUGGACGCUUUGUCCGAUUUUUUUCGAGUGGAAGUUACAAGUCUGAUUGAUUACUCACAGGUACAAGUCACCUGAGAAUGGAUUUGGUGAAUUGUUUUAUAAAAUGUGACAUUGAUUUGUCCUUGAUUGGUGCUACUUGUGGUUAGGGGUCAGUGGUAUCUCAUCAUGGGAUAAUAUAGGAAAUGUCGGAUUUAAAUAAU